AUGACCUCCUCCAACACCGAUAAUGCAGCGUCCAUUGACGGUGAUUCAGGUUCAAGCGCUGAUUCGCUUGCUGCACUCUUUUCGCAGUUGAACGUCAAUGAUAACAGUACCGUCGCAUUGACUUCCGCCCUCCGUGAGAUCGUGCAAAAUGCAGUUAUCGCUGCUCUUCAAGAAGUAGCCGCAGCUACUACUAGAGCUCCUGCUUUAGUACGACCCUCUGCUGCCACAAUACCUGCUUCUUCCACCACGGCACCACUGGUAGCUGCUGCUGCUACCCCGGCCAAUGCUGCCGCUACUGCUACCACACUUCUGACGAGGACUCACCAUGGUGUGACGUACUAUAUUCCUCAUCCAAGUGCCUGCGGCCCUUUCUACUGGGUCAACCGUGGCCGUCAUAUUGGCGUCUUUGCGACUUGGCAGGGGACGUCUACACACGUAACUGGAGUGAGCCGCGCAUCCUUUUCCAAAAUUCACUCGGUCGCCGAGGGUAUUAGAUUGGUCACAGAAGCCAUUGACCAUGGGGAGACUGAGAUAAUUCCUUAA